GGGGAGGAGCGCGGCGCGGGCCGGGCGGCGGCCGCCAGAGGGGGCAGCGGCCACCAACUCGCACAACUUGGCGCGGGCUGGGGCGGCUCCCGCGCGUCCGCCGCCGACUGCCCGGCUCGCCGCCGCCUCCCGGGUCCCCCCGCCGCCCCGACCCCGCGGCCCCGGACCCCGGCCCGGGCAUGGCCCUGGCGCGCGCGCUGCUGCUGCAGCUGCUGGCCCAGGGGCUCCUGCGCGCCGCUCCGGCUCCCGCGCCCCUGGCUCUGCCCCUGCGCGUGGCCGCCGCCCGUGCCCCGCGCCCCGCGCCCCGCGCCCCCGGGCUGGCGCUCGCCCUGGAGCCCGCCGGGGGGCCCGUCAACUUCUUGGCCAUGGUGGACAACCUGCAGGGCGACUCAGGCCGUGGCUACUACCUGGAGAUGCAGCUCGGGACCCCGCCGCAAACGCUGCAGAUCCUCGUGGACACGGGCAGCAGCAACUUCGCCGUGGCUGGAGCCCCUGACGCCUACAUCGAGUCCUUCUUUGACAGCGACCGGUCCAGCACCUUCCGCCCCAAGGGCUUUGACGUCACCGUCAAGUACACGCAGGGCAGCUGGACGGGCGCCGUCGGGGAGGAUGUGGUCUCCAUCCCCAGAGGCUUCAACCGCUCCUUCCUUGUCAACGUGGCCACCAUCUCUGAGUCCGAGAACUUCUUUCUGCCGGGGAUUAAGUGGAACGGGAUCCUGGGCCUGGCCUACGCCACUCUGGCCAAGCCUUCCAGCUCCCUGGAGACAUUCUUCGACUCUCUGGUGACCCAGGCGGGAAUCCCAGAUGUCUUCUCCAUGCAGAUGUGCGGAGCGGGGCUGCCCGUGGCUGGCACCGGUACCAACGGAGGUAGUCUUGUCCUGGGUGGGAUCGAGCCCAGCCUGUACACAGGAGACAUCUGGUACACCCCGAUUAAGGAGGAGUGGUACUACCAGAUAGAGAUCCUGAAGCUGGAGGUCGGAGACCAGAGCCUUCACCUGGACUGCAGGGAGUACAAUGCGGACAAGGCCAUCGUGGACAGUGGGACCACACUGCUGCGGCUGCCCCAGAAAGUGUUUGACGCCGUGGUGGAGGCUGUGGCACGCACAUCCCUGAUUCCAGAAUUUUCCGACGGCUUCUGGCUGGGAUCCCAGCUGGCCUGCUGGACCAACGCAGAGAGCCCGUGGUCCUACUUCCCCAAGAUCUCCAUCUACCUGCGGGGCGAGAACGCCAGCACCUCCUUCCGCCUCACCAUCCUGCCUCAGCUUUAUAUCCAGCCCAUGGUGGUGGCCAGCCUGAGCUACGAGUGCUACCGCUUCGGCAUCUCCCCGUCCAGCAACGCGCUGGUGAUCGGGGCCACCGUCAUGGAAGGCUUCUACGUGGUCUUCGACCGAGCGCGGAAGCGGGUGGGCUUUGCCUCCAGUCCCUGCGCAGAGGUGGCAGGUGCGCCAGUGUCGGAGAUCUCCGGACCCUUCUCCACGGACGAUGUGGCAAGUAACUGCGUGCCCGCACUGCCCCCGCAGGACCCACUGCUGUGGCUCGUCUCCUACGCACUCCUGAGCGUGUGCGGCCUCAUCCUCCUCGUGCUGUUGGCCCUCCUGCUGCUGCCCCGGCCCUGCCGCCCCCUCCGGGGGGAUGCUGAGGUGGUCAACGAUGAGUCCUCACUGGUCCGGCAUCGCUGGAAGUGAGGCUGCCACGGCUCGCGUGCCCAUUCCGGCGCC